UAUUAAUGUAUACACAUGUUUAGUGCACGUAUACGUAAACUUGCACUAUCACAAAAAACAAAAUUCUGAUCAAAAUUUUUUUAAAAAUAUUUUUAUCACAAGUGGUUAAAGUACGAAUUGGUACUUUAAAAUGGAACACAUUUUAUGGAAAAUUAAAAAUGGAUUUGUUGUGAUAUGUGUAUUAAUUUGUUUUAUUUUUUCAAUGAUGAGUUUUAUAUUUUACUUUACUAUUGAUUGGCCACAAUAUUUUGAACAGAAUAUUAAAAUAUAUAAACCUAUUAAAUUUAAAACAUUGUUGGACGAUAAGCCAAUUAGUUUUAAUGCGACUUGGAUUUCAGAUAAUGAAAUUUUGACACAGGACGAUGAUGGAAAUAUUAUAUUGCAUGAUGUAAUUCAAUUUACCAAUUCAGUUAUAGCGUUCAAUUCAAUGAAACAUGUAAAGAAUUGUCAUACAUAUGAACUUUCAGCCGACAAAAAAUAUCUGUUAAUAUCUUAUGACACCGAUGAAACAUAUAAUUAUAUGUCAACGAGUUAUUAUGACAUCAUCACUAUUAAAACUAAGAAACAAGUAACAUUGAGAGAUACGAAACACAAACCAAGAAGUGUAAUGGCUGCUAAAUGGUCUGCUACAGGUUCAACUCUGGCCAUUGUCGAUAACUACAAUAUAUAUUUGAUACUCAAUGCCGCAAAGCCAAACCACGCAAAACAAAUAACUUUCGGCGGGCGAGAAGAUUUAUACUACGGUAUUCCUGAUUGGGUGUACAAAGAAGAAAUAUUAAAUUCAAAUUUAGCAAUGUGGUUUUCUAAACAAGGAACUAAAUUGGCUUACAUCAAACUUAAUGAAACAUUGGUACCAUCGAUACAUCUAGCACGAUACGGAAUACCAGAUACUAUGUAUGAUCAAUAUAGCAGGAUACAUAGCUAUCAUUAUCCAAAGGCGAAUGAUCCUAAUCCAAUGGUGGAACUAUUUGUACAAUACAUUAAUAUCAAUACUGAGCCCACGCCUAUAGCAAUAAGACCAACAAUUAAAUAUGAUUCCGGUGAAAUUGUACUAUAUUAUGUUGCAUGGUCAGACGAUGAACACUUAUUUGCAUUGUGGAUGAAUAGAAUACAAAACAAAUCUCAUCUCGUGCACUAUCAUAUUUUUAAUAAUACGGCCGAAGUAAAAGAAGAAAUGGAAUUUAAUCAAGAAAAUGGUUGGCUCGAUUUUCGCAAAUCGAUUUUAAUUAAUCGAGAACAUUGGGUUGCAUUGAUAAAACCCGUUGAACAAGAAGACGGAGACUCGUAUGGACAUGCUUGCAUAAUUAAAACGAAUGGCGAAUUGCAGCCAAUAACUAAUGGUCAUUAUGAAGUCCUCAAGCUAAUAAAAUGGGACUUUGAAUCGAAUUACUUAUAUUAUCUUGCCAAUAUAGAAAAUAUUCCUGAGGCACAACACAUAUACAGAGUGUUGGUAGAUCAUGGACAACAACAGACUGAACCAGAGUGUUUGUCUUGUAACACAGGCUGCACUUUUAGUUUGAUAGAGCUUAGUGAAAAAAAUACCUAUUACGCACAUAUUUGCAAAGGGCAAUGGGUCCCAUACAUAAACAUAAUGAAAACCAAUGGAAGUCAUGUAACAACAUGGAAAUCAAAUAAAAACCUGUACACUAACUUAUUAAACGUCGCCUUACCUCGCAUAAUGUUUUUGACUGUUCCGCUCGAUGAUGAUUAUGAAGCUAAAGUAAAAUUAUUAAUUCCACCAACAGUUGAUGUUUCGCUAGAAAAAAAAUAUCCAUUAUUAAUUUACAGUAACGGCGGACCUGUAUCAAACACAGUAUUAGACGAAUUUCAAAUUGACCUGAAUACGUACCUAAGUGCAAAUCACAAUAUUGUUAUAGCCAAAGUUGAUGGCCGUGGCACAGGUCGGAGAGGUUACAGGACAUUAUUUGCUAAUUAUAAGAAACUGGGAACAGGUGAAAUCGAAGAUCAAAUAACAGUAGCUAAAUAUCUACUGAGCCAUUUAUCUUAUAUAAACAAAAAUGAAACCGGAAUUUGGGGAUGGGGUUAUGGUGGUUACGUGGCCGGUAUGACUUUAGCUAAAGACAAAGAAAAAAUAUUUAAAUGUGGAUUGUCCGUCGCACCUAUAACCGACUGGAUGUAUUAUGACUCUAUAUACACCGAACGGUUUAUGGACACGUAUACAAAAAAUGUCGAAGGUUAUAAAAAUGCCAGCUUGAUAUAUAAUUCUGAGGGAUUACGUAAAAAGAAAUUUAUGAUUAUUCAUGGAAUGUUUGACAAUAAUGUUAAUUUUCAACACUCUGCGAUGUUAUCUAAAGAGCUACAACAUAGUUCCAUUACAUUUAAACAGCAGUUUUACCCCGACGAAAUGCAUGAGUUUUUAAAUGUUAAACCUCAUUUAUACCAUACAAUAAUGACGUUUUUAUUUUCUUGUUUAUAAUGUAAUUAUGUUCAAGAAAUUACAAGUCUCUCAUUAUUCGUGUGGACAUUAGUUAUAGUUGCAUUUAUUUAUGAAAAAUUAGUAAGUAUCAUUGGA